GCAGAGGUAUAGUGUGUGCCUGUGUGCGUAAGACACUGCGGUCCCGAAGGUAGAUAAAAGCGAGCAAGUCGAGGCCGUGGCCAGUGCUAGUGCGAAUUUACCGAAGGUCGAGGGUGGACGUAGUAUCGUUUUGCCAGUGUGUUAGUAGUGGCCCCAUCGUUGCAUUCGUCAGUUUGUUCCUUAUUCAGCCAGUGGAUCUGCUGGCAAGUUAACUUUAGUAUUAAGUACGCACAAGUUUAUUACUUGGUACUGAUCAACGCCAAGGAGUCUACAAUAAUUUAAAUUCAAAAAUAAUAUAAAGAACAAGCGGGAUUAUUUAACAUCUACCUGAUAUACGGUCCAUGUGAUCUAGUGACUAUUAAAAUGCUCAUCAAGGAAUUCCGUGUCACCCUGCCACUUACUGUUGAAGAGUACCAAGUGGCUCAACUGUACUCUGUAGCAGAGGCAAGUAAAAAUAACACAGGCGGCGGGGAAGGUAUCGAGGUAUUAAAGAAUGAACCGUUCACGGACUACCCACUGUUGGGAGGUAAAUAUUCCUCGGGACAAUACACCUACAAGAUUUAUCAUCUAGCCAGUAAAGUACCAGCGUACAUACGCGUCCUUUUACCAAAGAACUCGUUGGAAAUCCACGAGGAGGCAUGGAAUGCUUAUCCAUACUGCAAAACAGUAAUCAGUAAUCCUGGAUACAUGAAAGAUAAUUUUUUUAUCAUGAUUGAGUCAUUUCAUAUUGCAGACACUGGCAAUCAGAGCAACGUCCAUGAACUACCACCAGAAAAAUUAAAAAUACGUGAAGUGGUACACAUAGACAUCGCCCAUGAUCCGAUAGCCAGUGCGGACUACAAGGAGGAUGAGGAUCCGACGAAAUUUAAGUCUGAAAAAACGGGCCGAGGACCGCUAGUCAGCAAAGACUGGAAGAACAACGUGUCUCCUGUAAUGACGUGUUACAAACUCGUGACAUGUGAGUUCAAAUGGUUUGGGUUGCAAACACGAGUCGAGAGCUUCAUCCAGAAAGCUGAGAGACGUCUCUUUACCAACUUCCAUCGGCAGGUAUUCUGCUGGACAGACCGCUGGUACGGACUCACGAUGGAAGACAUUCGAGCGAUUGAAGACAACACCAAGGAAGAACUCGAUAGGCAAAGACACGAAGGAGAAGUACGCGGUAUGCGAGCUGAUGAAUGAACCCACGGUCGAAGUGUCUAGCUACUUUUAAAUAAUUUUAAAUUUAUUUUCCCUAUCUUCAAUAUAUUAGACACCGAGAGAAUGAUUUAAAAGAAAUUUGAGACAAAGAGCACAAGAGAGAGAGAGAGAAAGAAAGUGAGAGAGCGAGAGAGAA